AUGGUGUUUCUGUCCGCCAGUUCACUCCUCUCCGUCUACUCAUCUCCCCGCCGCGUCACCCCCAUCCUCCUCUACCGCGCAUCGCCGCCGGCCUCCCCCCUCACCCCCACAGCCACCACAACCGACGACCUCACCUCCCACCGCUGCCCCCUCUCAUCCCUCCCCACGGUUCAUCAGAGAAGAAAAGUGGCAGAUCGAGCGACCAGAUCCGCCUACAUCCGGCCAGUUGCAACAGGCGACGACCGCGGUGAGGGCGGGCGGCACCAACGCGCCGCUCUCGGCCGUGGAGCUGCUCCCGCCGGGCCACCCGGACCCGUCCUUCGCCUGCUCGCCUCCGCCAGCGUCUUCUCCGAACACACAACCGACGGCGGCCGGAGGCGGUACGCGCUUGGGCUGGCGUGGCCGUGGCUCCGCGAGGCUGUGCUUGAGCCCUUUGCGCGCGCCCACGCCGGCGUCCCCGCCUACGCCUACUACGGCCUGGACCGGGAGGCGAACGAUGUGAUGCUCCGGGCCAUGACCGGCGUAUCAGAGCCGUUCAUGGAGGUGUUGCUGGACGGGUAUUGCCCCGGUGGAUGGUUUGAGGGCGUGGCCACGCUCGUCGACGUCGGUGGCAGCUCCGGCGCCUGCCUCGUGAUAAUCAUGCGCAGGGUGCCCACCAUCCGCCAGGGAGUCAACUUCGACCUGCCGGACUUCGUCGCCGCCGCGCCUCCCAUCUCUGGUGAGACCAUCGAUCCCACAAUCCCCUAG